GAAACGAUCGGAUAUUCUCAAUCACAUCGUACGGCUUGCCACCGAUACAUACGACGACCUAAAGACCACACCACCACUCUACAACAACCGUGAGCCAGCCAAGAUCCAAGUUUUGCUCUACGUGUCCAGUAUUGACGCCGUUAACGAGGCCAGUAUGGACUUUACCGUGGGCAUCCUCCUCCACCUGAGGUGGGAGGACAAGAGGAUCUACCACGACAAGGCGGCCCAAUAUUUCAACGCCUCCAAGUUGGGCUCCUUGGACUUCGACUCUGAGAACAUCAAGAAAGUCUGGGUACCCGACAUCUUCUUCCCUAACGAGAAGAAAGGGUCAUUCCACGUGAUCAUGACCCAGAACCAGAUGAUGCGGCUCUACAAGGGCGGCACUAUGCUCUAUAUAUCCAGACUUUCCGUGACCCUCAGCUGUCCCAUGGACCUGAUCAACUAUCCCUUCGACAAGCAGACCUGCCACCUGCUUAUCAUGAGCUUUGGCUACUCCGACGACGACAUUAUACUGGAGUGGACCAAUGCUACUGAACCCGUGGGUGGGCUCGACCCCAAUGCUAAGCCGAUUCUAUUGGACGAGCAAAUAGUUUUGCCCCAGUUUGAGGUGAAGCAGGUUCUAGCCAGCACAUGUAAUAAACGCUAUCACCAAAAGAUGG